UUCUAGAAGUCUAGCUUUGAUAAAGGCAGAUAAAUACAUUGCAGGAAUUGAUUUAUGUUUGUCAGUUGUCUUGGUCGUUUUCAAGUAAUGUUUGGUAAUUUCUAGUGGAUCCAGACUUUUAGGUUUUAGUUUAUUUCUUGCUAUGAUUUAAGGUAAUGAUUGUAAUGGGGAGUUGUAGUUCAGUAGGCCAUGUAGAUUGGGUAAUAUGUGAAAUGUUUAUUCAUCUAGUUUGCCCUAGCUAAGGACAACUGCUGAGAAACCACCUAGUUCACCUUCUACUGAUAUUUCAAUUGAUACUGAAAACGAUCAUCAUAAUCAUAUGAAAACGUAGGAGUCGAUUAAACAAGGGUAGAGAGGCACAGUCAGUGUUGGAAUGUGUCCCCAUGCGGUGUCCCCUUGGCAGGCAGUCCCAGUGAUUAGGAUCCCCUCUGGUCUGGGAGGCCCUCAUUUAGGAGCCACUAACCCGUGUGUUAGUGAAUCCCAGGGCCAGGGUCCGUGAAUGCACACCAUGAAUGGGGACUGCCACUGUCUAAUGACCGGGGUUUGGCCAAGCUGAAUAAAGUGUGUUUAUCUCAUGGUGACCUAGAACAGGAGUUAAACAGGCGUUAGUAACAUGCCUCCAGUCAGACAGGCCAGGGCCUUCUCUUCAAGGACGGAGGGAUGGGGAAGAGGGGGGUAACAUGCUAUCAUUCUGCCGUUCUGGGGAUUUUUUCCUUCCUCUGUCUGGCUCUUUCUCUCUAUCCCUCUCUCUUUCUCUAUGCAUUUUUCUCGUUCUGUCUGUGUGUGUUAUCCAACCUCGUGUGCUGCUUCAAUCUGUCAAGUUGUAUAAUUCUUUGUCUCUCUAUUUGUCUCUCUCGCUCCUGUGUCUGUCCAAACAGAGAGGCGCGCUAAUGUUAUUUAGAGGGUACUUGGUUGAGGAUACUCUCAAUACUCUUCUUCAACAAAGAACCCAUCAUGAGGACUUUACUCUCAACUCACAAUUUUGUUGGAAAUUUGGAUUAUGGACAAAUCAUCUAUUAACUACCACAUUUCUCUUUGUUGUCACGCAACUGUAGUGUGGUUUAAGCAGAAUAUGAAAAACGUAAAAGCCAGUCUCUCAUCUCUCCCCUCCACAAGUGAUACACAUUUCAUAGGAUGGUAUGGAAGCCAGGCAUUUCUAUGAGAGGAUAGGGUGGGAUGGAUAUUGGCUGUGAAUAAUGCACACCAAAGCCUUCAAUUCAGUCUGGAACAAAAAACACUAAUGUUUGCGGCAAGCAUUAAGAGGUGUCCUCAAAACGUCUCUCAUAAGCCCAAACGCUCUCACUCCCUUUCCCCUGCCACUAUCACUCUUCUCUAUCGCUUCCUCAGGGGAGGGUUAUGUCUCUCCUCAGGGGAGGGUUACGUCUCUUUCAGAAAAUGAUCAGCUGGCCCCCUAUCCUCCAGAGUGAAGGAUGUUCACAGAGAAGGAAUGUAAAAUAGUUUAUCUCACAGACAGCUAGGGGUACUGUAAGGUCACGGUGGUCCCUCUUGGCCUUACAGUACCAUUUUUUCCUUACAGUACAAUUUUUUCCUUAACUUUAUACUUAAAAAUACAUUUAUGAAAAGUUGCUAUUCCUCAAUAAAGUUCUUGAAAAUGUUCUUAAGCUUCUUCCUAUAUUUCAUCGUAAGAAAAUAGUUAAGAAGAAAUUACAUUCUUGAAAAUAAAGUUAUUGAUUCUUCUUGGAAAUGUUUGUCAAGGCUGAGGUGAAUGUGGUGUGGGAGUCAGGCGCAGGACACCGAAGCUUAGUCCAACAAAGUUUACUUGUGAGAACACAAGGCAAAGAUACAAUGAACGGCCUCAAACAAAACAGAGGCGAGCAAUUACGCAAACUGUGCGUAAACAAUAAAACAACAAACAGAGAAAACACGCAGCACUACGGACAGGCAAAAAACAACACACAACCUAACCAAUACAAAACAGGCAACUUAUAGAACACGUAAUCAGACACAAACGGACACAGGUGUAAUAGACAGACAAAAGCAAUCAAACAUAGAAACAUUCAACGGUGGCAGCUAGUACUCCGGGGACGACGAACGCCGAAGCCUGCCCGAACAAGGAGGAGGAGCAGCCUCGGCAGAAUCCGUGACAGUACCCCCCCCUUGACGCGCGGCGCCAGCCGUGCGCCGACCCCGGCCUCGGGGACGGCCAGGAGGACGCGGACCCGGGCGCGUGGGAUGCCCACGGUGGAACUCAGUCAGGAGGGAUGGAUCUAGGAUGUCCCUCCUAGGCACCCAGCACCGUUCCUCCGGACCGUACCCCUCCCACUCCACGAGAUACUGGAGACCACUCAUCCGGCGCCUCGAGUCCAAGAUGGUCCGGACCCUGUACGCCGGGGCCCCCUCGAUGUCCAAAGGGGGCGGAGGGGUCUCUCCUAUCUCAUCUUCUUGGAGUGGGCCAGCUACCACCGGCCUGAGAAGAGACACAUGGAACGAGGGGUUAAUAUUCUUGUAAUCAAUAGGCAGUUGUAACCUGUAACACACCUCGUUCAACCUUCUCAGGACUUUAAAGGGCCCCACAAACCGCCGACCCAGCUUCCGGCAGGGCAGGCGGAGGGGCAGGUUUCGAGUCGAGAGCCAGACUCGAUCUCCUGGUGCGUAUACCGGUCCCUCACUGCGGUGGCGAUCGGCGCUCGCCUUUUGUCGACUGAUGGCCCGCUGCAGAUGGACAUGGGCAGCGUCCCACGUCUCCUCCGAGCACCGAAUCCACUCAUCCACCGCAGGGGCCUCAAUCUGGCUCUCGUGCCAUGGUGCCAGGACCGGCUGAUACCCUAAAACACACUGGAAAGGUGUUAAAUUGGUGGAGGAGUGGCGGAGAGAGUUCUGGGCCAUCUCUGCCCAGGGGAUAUACCUAGACCACUCCUCCGGCCGGCCCUGACAAUAGGACCUCAGAAACCUACCCACAUCCUGGUUGACUCGUUCAACCUGCCCAUUGCUCUCUGGGUGGUACCCCGAGGUAAGGCUCACCGAGACCCCCAAGCGUUCCAUGAACGCCCCCCAGACUCUGGAGGUGAACUGGGGACCUCGGUCAGACACAAUAUCCUCGGGGACCCCAUAGUGCCGGAACACGUGGGUAAAUAGGGCCUCAGCGGUCUGUAGGGCAGUAGGGAGACCCGGCAUUGGGAGGAGACGACAGGCCUUGGAAAACCGAUCCACAACGACCAAAAUGGUGGUAUUCCCCUGGGAGGGGGGAAGGUCGGUCACAAAAUCCACCGAGAGGUGGGACCAUGGUCGUUGUGGAACGGGCAGGGGAUGUAACUUUCCCCUGGGCAAAUGUCUAGGCACCUUACACUGGGCGCACACCGAGCAGGAGGAGACAUAAACCCUCACAUCCUUAGCUAACGUUGGCCACCAGUAUUUCACGCUAAGGCAGUGCACUGUCCGGCCAAUACCUGGAUGUCCAGAGGAGGGUGAUGUAUGAGCCCAAUAAAUAAGUCGGUCACGAACCUCGAGCGGAAUGUACGUCCGCCCCACAGGACACUCGGGGGGAGUAGGGUCGGUACGCAGUGCCCGCUCGAUCUCCGCAUCGACCUCCCACACCACCGGAGCCACCAGACAAGACUCCGGCAGAAUGGGAGUAGGCUCAAUGGACCUCUCCUCUGUGUCAUACCGCCGGGACAGGGCGUCUGCCUUACCGUUCUGGGACCCUGGGAUGUAUGUGAUCUUAAAAACAAACCGGGUCAGGAACAUGUUCCACCUAGCCUGACAAGGGUUCAAUCUCCUAGCUGCCCGGAUGUACUCCAGGUUACGGUGGUCAGUCAGAAUGAGGAAAGGGUGUUGAGCCCCCUCAAGUCAAUGCCUCCACACCUUUAGGGCCUGGACUACAGCUAACAGCUCCCUGUCCCCUACGUCAUAAUUACGCUCCGCCGAGCUGAGCUUCUUAGAAUAGAACGCACAGGAGCGGAGCUUAGGUGGCGUGCCGGACCGUUGCGACAGGACUGCCCCAAUACCGGCCUCGGACGCGUCUACCUCUACUUGGAAUGGUAAAGAGGGAUCCGGAUGCGCCAGCACCGGAGCCGAGGUGAACAAGUUCUUCAGUUUGACAAAUGCCCUGUCCGCCUCAGCUGACCACUGCAAACGAACCGGACCCCCCUUUAGCAGGGACGUAAUGGGAGCUGCAACCUGUCCAAAGCCCCGGAUAAACCUCCGGUAGUAAUUAGCAAAACCCAAAAACUGCUGCACCUCUUUUACAGUGGUUGGGGUUUGCCAAUUACGCACGGCCGACACACGGUCAACUUCUAUCUUCACACCAGACGCGGACAACCGAUAACCCAAAAAAGUUUACUUGUGAGAACACAAGGUAAAGAUACAAUGAACGGCCUCAAACAAAACAGAGGCGAGCAAUUACGCAAACUGUGCGUAAACAAUAAAACAACAGACAGAGAAAACACGCAGCACUACGGACAGGCAAAAAACAACACACAACCUAACCAAUACAAAACAGGCAACUUAUAGAACACGUAAUCAGACACAAACGGACACAGGUGUAAUAGACAGACAAAAGCAAUCAAACAUAGAAACAUUCAACGGUGGCAGCUAGUACUCCGGGGACGACGAACGCCGAAGCCUGCCCGAACAAGGAGGAGGAGCAGCCUCGGCAGAAUCCGUGACAAUGUUCUUAAUUAUAGAUAGCUAAACUCAAGGCAGAGAGAAAAUAAGCUAAUGAAACCAAUUUAACAUGUUAAUUCACUCACAAACUUAAUCUGAAAGUUUCAGUAUUGAUUGUUUUAAAUCCAAUAAAAAAAAGUGACCAGUAAUCUCAGUAAGAAAUAUACUAACAUGAUUGUCCUUGCUAGCUAGAUAGCUAGCUAGCUAGCUCGGUUGCCUAGCGACAAUCAUCUUAAGAAGAUAGUUAAGAAGUUCGUAAGAAGAUAUUUGAUAAGUUCGUAAGAAAAUCAUGAAUUCUUAAGAAAUGUUUGAGGAAUUGCACUUACAAACUAUCUUUUGAACUUCUUAAUUUUGUUCUUAAGAAGCUUCUUACGUUUUUGCGUAAGAAGUGUUUUGUGAAUCUGGGCCCUGUUCCACGUGUGCACAGAAUAUAGAACUUCUAGGUUCAUGUCAUUUUUAUUCUCCCAGACCUCGGAAGGCAUUGUGUUCUCUUCCACUGUGACUCCCCCUAACAUCCUCUGACUGGUGUCUUCUCACCCACCUUACAGUAAGGUAAUAUGUGAUCAUGGCAGGAGUGUGGUCUCUGUUCUCUCCUGUCAUCUUCAUGGUGUAUACAGUGAGAAACGAGGUCAGUGUAAACACGGCUAAGAGAGCCAUGCAAUAUUCAUGAGCCUUCACCGUGUUUAACGAGAACUCUGGGAGUUGUAUUCUUUUGAGAGGCCCCGGCAGAGACACAAGAUACAGCCCCUUUUAUUUUUUUGUUUGGGCUGCGGCUGCCUUUGGAAUGAAUUAGCGGAUUUGUUUAUGUGUUUGAAGGAGAAAUACAGGCGGAAAAACUGUCGCUCUGAGCCCUGCGGUCCACAACGACUCCCACAGAGAUCAGAUGCUUAAAUAUUUAUAAGAUACUUUUUUUUCUUCUCCCAAAUUAAAACUACUUUCAGUUUUCAAAACAGUCCUGGCUUUGUGUCUGGUUAACUGUUUCAUACUGUUUCAUAUUUCAAACGGCCGUCUCUGAUUCUUGGCUGUCAGUGAGAGUUUCACACUAUAGGGAGGGAGGAAGGAAGAAGGGGGGAUGGAGUGGGUAGUCUUAGGCCUGAGCGAUAGAAGUAGAGGAAGAAUGGAAAGAAGAGGAGGUGCAAUGAAUUUUUCUCAUCUUACACUAAUCUUCUCCAGAGAGCUACAGUUGUAGUUGAGAUCUUCCGAACUUUCAGCAUUGAUCUGUGGGAUUUGGGGAGAGAGAGAAGUUGGGGAACGAGACAAGAUACGUUUUUGUUAUUGAUAACAUUGAUGAGGCCCUAUUUUCUCUCUCCACUGGAUAUGUUUAUACAUUAGAAGUGGUUGCCUCCUUCACUGCCCACAGUUUCCUCCUAGGUUGAGUGAGGCCUCCAGUGAGGCCUCCAGUUUGAUGGCUUCGAAAACUUUCUUUGCCCUUGUCCAAUUCACAUCUGUAUUUCAUCCUACACUCUCUCUCUCUCUCUCUCUCUCUCUCUCUCUCUCUCUCUCUCUCUCUCUCUCUCUCUCUCUCUCUCUCUCUCUCUCUCUCAGUUCAUCUUUCAGGUCUCUCUUUUUCAUGUUGUCCACUCUCUUGAUCAUGAGAUGCAACCUUUUCAGCCUUUGACCAUAUACUUUACAUUUUGACCUUUUUCAUCCAGACUUUACUCUGUCUGAGUCAAGAAUAUAAACCAGGUGGUGAGUGAGCAUAUAAUCUCACUAGUCCAUAGAAUUCCAGAGACUGUAACUUGUUUAGCUUUCUUGAAAACUAUUUCUUAAAGGGCAAUUCCGCCACUUUUCAACCUCAUAUUCAUUAUAUCCAGCACCAAAUCAGUGUCUACAUAUGUGAAAACGCUGCAUUUCUAUGAUUUGUGGUUAAAAUGAUAAGAAGAAAGGUCCUAAAAAAUACUUUUCUGUGACAUCACAGGCUAGGAUUAAAAGCAAAAAAACAGUGAUUUUCAAAACAUGCAGCUUUAUUUCUUUUUCUACAAAACAUAGAAAUGCGCCGUAGACUCUGCUAUUGUGCUGGAGAUAGAGAGUAAGGUAGUACGGUUGAAAAGUGGUGGAAUUGCCCUUUUAAGACCCAUUCUCGCACUCUCACUCAUGAAAUGAAUUCACACUUGAAUGCCCAAACACUUGUUCCUUAACUCUGUGUCAGUUCAACAUUUGUUUGCUCUCUGUCUGAACACUCCAAAUGGCCUUCUGUAGUUAGAAGUGUUCCAAAGGAAUUGCUUGCUUGGAGGGAGUGAUUUUUUACUGAAACUUCUCUGCAGGUAUUUCCUCCUCCGACUGGGACAGAAUCAUUGUUUGUUUUGCCUUCCUGCUCGCUCCUCCUCAGAGGUGAUCAUUCACAAGGCAGGGAUGUGUGUGUGUGGGGGGUCUUAGCUCAGUGGAUCAGGCCCUGUGCUCCUCUCUCACCCGGUGGUGCACUGCUGUGACUGGACAGCUUUAUCCACUGGAGAGGACAGCUCCACAUGACACUCAACUGCCACAGCCAAAACAUACACACACUGUAUGCAGCAAGAAUGCACAUGCACACAGUGUGUUCGCAUAAUACACACUCAACCACACACGUCGCAAUUUAUACAAAGGUUGGGUCUAAUCCUCAAUGCUGAUUGGUUAAAACCGCAUUCCAGCCGGUGUCUAUUCCACAAGUUACCACCGGCUAAAUCUAUGAAGUUAAAAUGCCUAUUUACUCUGUUCCAUCUGACUGCGCAAUCCACUGCGCAAUCUAGCCAGGCAAUUUAUAAACUUGAUCUCCACUGUAAAAAGCAUCUAUCUCACAUUUCUUUUAGACUAACAUUUAGUUUUCAACAGCAGAGAUUUGUGUAAACCUUGCUGUCUGUCUCUCCAACAUUUGCAACAUUGUUUCAAUAUUCAAAUUCAAUCUCCAGCUGUCCAAUAAUAAUGAACGUGUCGGAAGUCGGGAUGAGACAGACAGGCAGGCAGCUUUUCUCAGCUAGUCGAAAUCAUGAAUCAGCAUCAUUUUUAUGGAUUUAUACACAAAUAACUAUCAAUAGAAAACAGGUUAAACAAAACGAAGUGCAGCUAGUUUGCAGUCUUUCCAGCUUCAGUUUGAAGUUAUUGUGUUAGCUGUGUUGUUGGCUAGCUCCUCUGAACAACAGUGUCCUGACGAGAGAGCACAUUUUCUAUGCCAGGUGAAAUCGCGCAUCAUUAGCUCAUUGUUAUGGAUGUAUCCAAAUAAAUGUCACUAGAAAACAGCUUAAACAAAUUCAAAUGGAGAUACUUUGUUGUUAUUCUGGCUGCACUGUUUGACAUCACUGUAAGUUAGCCGUAGUUGGCUAGCUAGCAAGCAAGGGAUAAGAACGUUGCCAGCCAGUAUGGCAAUAGAACAUUUAGAACGAACGACUGGCUCGUUUCCAUAGUUACAGAACAAAAAGAGUUAACGACUGGGUCGCGUCUCUGGCAACCGAACCGAUAGAAUGAACGACUAGCCAGCUUGGGUAGCAACCCUAGAUUUGUGUCGGGACUAUAUCUUGUGGAAGGAUGAAAUAGUAUGAAUAAAUUAAUCAAAAUAGCAUUUUUUAUGAAAAUAUGUAAAUCAUUAUUUGAAUAUGUUGGUAACCCGUUGUAUAAAAGUGAUAAUGCCCUUGAAGCCGGUGUUUGGAGGAUAUCUUGGCACGGUUUGCAACAUCCGUGCCAAUAUAUCAUCCAAACACUGGCUUUUCAGGCAUUAUCACUUAAGUAUCUUUCAGUCUUUGCUAAAUGUAUUUCUGACAGCAAGCCUUCCCAUGUGUCUCUCUCUAGCCCAACGACCCGGUGACUAACAUCUGCCAAGCAGCCGACAAGCAGCUCUUUACACUAGUGGAAUGGGCCAAGAGGAUCCCCCACUUCUCUGAGCUGCCCCUGGACGACCAGGUCAUCCUCCUACGAGCAGGUGAGUUCAACACAACCAGGUCAUGAACAUUCAUCAGAACACAUCAGCAUCCUCAUGGGCAGGUCACUGCAGCAUUAUGGGCUUUGUAGGCUAUUUGUAGGCUAUUUGUCUGAAGUCAAGAGCAGCAGAUCUCAUAGAAUGAAUAAUCUGUCAUAUUCUUUAUGUAUGCUAUCAUUCUUUGUGAGGGUGUUUAAAGUGUUUUCCAUAUAUAUUGCCCUUGCUGAUUUCUUGUCGCUCCUUAUACAACGGGUGGGUCUAAUCCUGAAAGCUGAUUGGUUAAACCCACAUUCCAGCCAUUGUCUAUUCCACAAGUUACCACCGGCGAAAUCUAUGACGUUAAAAUGCCUAUUUACUCUGUUCCAUCUGACUGCGCAAUCCACUGUCUCAUCAGCCUAGCCAGGCAAUUUAUAAACUUGAUCUCCACUAAAAAAGCAUCUAGACAUUAUCUCUCAUUUCUUUUAGACUAUCAUUUGGUUUUCAACAGCGGAGAUUUGUGUAAACCUUGCUGUCUGUCUCUCCGACAUUUGCAACAUUGUUCCAAUAUUCAAAUUCGAUCUCCAGCUGUCCCAUAGUAAUGAACGUGUCGGGAGUCGGGAUGAGACAGACAGGAAGGCAGUGUUUCUCAGCCAGUCGAAAUCAUGAAUCAGCAUCAUUUUUAUGGAUUUAUACAAAGAACUAUCAAUAGAAAACAGGUAAAACGAAACGAAGUGCAGCUAGUUUGAAGUCUUUCCAGCUUCAGUUUGAAGUGAUUGUGUUAGCUGUGUUCUUGGUUAGCUAUCGAACAACAGUGUCCUGACAAGAGAGCACAUGUUCUAUGCCAGGUGAAAUCACGCAUCAUUAGCUCAUUGUUACGGAUGUAUCCAAAUAAAUGUCACUAGAAAAAAGCUUAAACAAAUGCAGCUACUUCGUUGUUAUUCUGGCUGCACUGUUUGACGUGACUGUAAGUUAGCCAUAGUUGGCUAGCUAGCAAGCAAGGGGUAAAAACGUUGCCAGCCAGUAUGGCAAUGGAACAUUUAGAACGAACAACUGGGUCACGUCCAUAGAUGCAGAACAAAAAGACUGAACGAUUGGGUUGCGUCUCUGGCAAUAGAAUGAACGACCAGCCGGCUUGGGUAGCAACCCUAGAUUUGUGUCAGGACAAUAUCUUGUGGAAGGAUGAAAUAGUAUAAAUAAAUUCAUAAAAAUAACGUUUUUAAUAAAAAUAUGUAAAUCAUUAUUUGAAUAUGUUGGUAACCCGUUGUAUAAAAGUGAUAAUGCCCUCGAAGCCAAUGUUUGGAGGAUACAUUGGCACCUGUGCCAAUAUAUCCUCUAAACACCGGCUUCUCGGGCAUUAUCACUUAGAAAUUACACAGUUCACUUCCAAACUCACCCUGAGGAAGCCCAUCCAUCCCUCCAUCCAUCUCUCUAUCCCUCUCCUACCCAUUCUAACCGUUCUCCUUCUGGGUACCCAUAGUGAUGGAGAGAGUGAGACCUUCUGCGAAGAGCUGUUCUGGAGCUAGCUGAGAGGGUCCUCUCUCUUCUACUCAGCGCUCAGCUCACGUCUUCUAUAAAUAACCACUUUAGUUCUGCUGUCUCACAGAUGAAAGCAUCCCAGCCCCUCUCAUUCCCAACUCAACUCUGGGGAAAAGCGGAGAGUGUUGCUAGGCAGAACAGUUAAAGGAACCUUGUCACUCAAACAGCACAGAGCUCUCCGUGCCUUACCCUCGCUUGGUAUAUCAAGUGUGUUGCCUUUAUUGGGAUGGCAGGCGCAGUACACCCUGUUAAACACUUGUCUCUCUGGAAAGCACGUCUGAGAUGGGCUGCUAAUGGCCCACAGCCUAUGCAUGAAAGAGCUUUCUGGUUUGCCUAUUCAGCCUAGAAUUGAUUAAUUGGAAUUCCCUUCCCUUGUUGUCAGCUCAAUUUAGUUUGAAUGUUGAAUGCAACUUGAUGAACUUUGUACUAGGUUUUCACUCUUUAUCUCUCUUCUUAUUCUUUCUUCUCUGUCUUCUCUUUUUUCCCUCAGGGUGGAAUGAGCUCCUCAUCGCAUCCUUCUCACAUCGUUCGAUAGCGGUGAAAGAUGGGAUCCUCCUAGCAACAGGGCUACACGUCCAUCGUAACAGUGCCCACAGUGCUGGAGUGGGAGCCAUUUUUGACAGGUAGUCAAGAUUACCCUGUUGGCACUGGCUUGAUACAAUCAGCUUUGUGAAAUACAUUUUUGUUGGUUGCUAUGCAAAGUUUCCACAAUUAGGGCAAGAGAAAAGUAGACCCUGACCUAUAACAGUGAAAAGGCUCUGUCAGAAGAAGAGGUAGUGAUGCACAACAGAGAUUGCUCUUAUUAUUGAUUAACAGAUAUUCAUUAAAUAUGUUUGGCUACAGGUGACGGACCUCACAGAGAGAUGGAGACCUGCUCAGACAGAAAUUUUUAAAGAAUCUAUUUGUAUGCAUUCCUGAUUAAAUCCCACUCUUUUGACUGCAAUCCCAUGGCAGGCUGUGCCUAUUCCGAAGCUGAUAUUGACCUUCUUUUCCAUUAAUCACAUUUUAUGCCUAUUGUCGCAUUGUUUGUUUUUUAAAGUCACAUUUUUAUAGAAGAAUGAAUACAAAAGAACAGUAUCAAGAUAUGCCUUCUCAGUGUACACAGAAGUUGAAAAGACCAUCCACUGUGAGAUCAAUCCAACACAUUGUAUUGUAAAGCGCGCCAAUGCUCUAAACCCUGUGUCCCCUGGCAUGCUGAGUCACCAACUGAAGUGUUCUUUUGAGGGCAACAGCUGUCACUCUCUCUCUCUCUCUUUCCCAUCUUUCUCUCCCUCUGCUCUCUUUCUCCCUUUCUCUCUUAUCUCUCACCCUCUCUUUCUCCCCCCCCCCCCCACACUCUCUCUCUCUCUCCAUCUCUCUCUCUCUCCCUCUAUCCCCAGCUGGGAAUCUGUGCUCAGUGAUUAGCAUACUGCCAUUUCACUACUUCUAAUGGAUGGAUUACAUCUUUGCAUUAACUGGGGAAGCAUAAGAGAUGAUAAUGAAGAGAGAGCGCUAUCAGCAGCGUAGCGGAGCGAGGAGGGAGGAGAGAGGAGAGGAGAGGGAGGGAGGAGGGAGAGGAGAAGGAGAGGAGACGGAGAGGAGGGCGAGGAGAGAGACGGAAGGGAGGGAGAGGAGCGAGAGAGGAGAGGAGGUAGAGGAGAGUGCGACGAGGAGAAGAGAAUAGAAGAGAGAGCGAGAAGGAGAGGAGAGGUAUGUCAGUAUGCUGAGUAUAGUCGUAUUCAUUCUAUUCGUUGAUCUCAGAUCUCUUAUAUUGAUCUUUGCUUAUCGUCUUUCUUCUCUAUUCUCUUCUAUCUUCUCUUCUCUUUCUUCUCUUUAUUCUCUUCUCUUUCUCUUUCUCUUCUCUCCUUUCCGCCAUACAAAUGAAGAGGGAGGUUAACUUAAACACGCAAGUCUUUUUUUACUCUCAUUGUUCCAACAGGCAAAUUAAAUUAGGAUGAGCUAAGAGUUGCAAUUGACUUGAAAGAGAGACAGAGGGAGAGGGAGAGAGAGAAAGAGAGCAGGCGGGACGGAGUCAGAGAGGGGUGAGGAGUUUGAGUGGUCGCGUCAUACUCCCAAAACGAAACGCUGCCUGCCUAGUGAUGUCACACGCGGGCGCCGGGAAUGUCAGUGUUCGGUUACAGUCUGUGAUUGUGUUUGCGCUAUGUCGUUCAUGUAUUUCCUUUUAUCAGCCAUGUUCUAAGCAGCUUGAGUUACGUGGUGUAGGCAGGGCUGUACGAUUUUUAGCUGGUUGAACAUCCCAUGUGUUUCAGGGCAGUGGGGCCGUGUUGUCAAUUGAUUUGUAUUGAGUUUCCAUUGAGUUUCACCUGUAGAUAAGGGAGGGUGUAAUGAACGGUGACCUCCUGAGGUGUUGCUGACUGAUGGUUAGAUCUCUAAGAGCCUGUCUGUGUCUCUCCCUCUCUCCAUCCAGAGUGCUCACAGAGCUGGUGUCCAAGAUGAGAGACAUGCAGAUGGACAAGACAGAGCUGGGGUGCCUUCGAGCCAUCGUCCUCUUCAACCCAGGUAUCACAUACAUACACUCCUACCACUCCUUUCAUCCAGAACCUUUUAGAUUAGAUUAUUAGAUUAUAAUAACACAAUAAAGGGUUCUGCUUUAAUACAUAUGUUCCUGCUACUUUAACCUCCCAAACAAUGACUGCACAUGAUACCAGUACACUAUUAUACUGUGUGGCCCUCAAGGACCAUAAUACACCCUCCUUGUCGUGCUGCUGCUCUAGUUUCAACUGUUCUGCCUGUGGCUAUGGAACCCUGACCUGUUCAUUGGACGUGCUACCUUGUCCUGGACCUGCUGUUUUCGACCCUCUCCCUCUCUCUCUCUCUCGCUCUCUCUCUCUCUCUCUCUCUCUCUCUCUUUCUCUUUCUCUCUCUCUCUCUCUCUCUCUCUCUCUCUCUCUCUCUCUCUCUCUCUCUCUCUCUCUCUCUCUCUCUCUCUCUCUCUCUCUCUCUCUCUCUCUCUCUCCCUCUCUACCGCACCUGCUGUCUCGACCUCUGAAUGCUCAGCUAUGACAUGCCAACUGACAGUUACUUCUGAGGUGCUGACUUGUUGCACCUUCUACAACCACAGUGAUUAUUAUUUGACUCUGCUGGUCAUCUAUGAACGUUUGAACAUCUUGAAGAACGAUCUGGCCUUAAUGGCCAUGUACUCUUAUAAACUCCACCCGGCACAGCCAGAAGAGGACUGGCCACCCCUCAGAGCCUGGUUCCUCUAUAGGUUUCUUCCUAGGUUCCUGCCUUUCUAGGUAGUUUUUCCUAGCCACCGUGCUUCUACAUCUGCAUUGUUUACUCUUUGGGGUUUUAGGCUGGGUUCUGUAUAAGCACUUUGUGACAUCUGCUGAUGUAAAAAGGGCUUUAUAAAUACAUUUGAUUGAUUGGUUGAGUGAUACACACACACACCACCAUCACCCACCAGACCCAUGUUCCUGACGUGGUUUUUCCCACCCACGUAAGUGGCAUGGCAGUUAUGUGGCCCGCAACACUCUGCCCACAGUGCCCACAGACAGCCUCUAGCCUCCAACCUUCUGCUAGCCCUCUGCUAGCCCUCUGCUAGCCCUCUGCUAGCCCUCUGCUAGCCCUCUGCUAGCCCUCUGCUAGCCCUCUGCUAGCCCUCUGCUAGCCCUCUGCUAGCCCUCUGCUAGCCCUCUGCUAGCCCUCUGCUAGCCCUCUGCUCUAUGGUACAGCCAGGGUUAACUUAAUUACCAUGCUGAGUGCCCGUGCCAGCCAUGCCCAGCUGGCACCAGACGCGCUCCUUGUCUUUAACGAGUCUGUGCCGUGGCCCCGGAGACAAAGAGCAGUGUGGGAACGUGCCGCCGGGCCUCAUUCUCCCAGGACAGACUGAUCCUCUGUGCUCCUGGGUCACUCUGUUAUAGCCCUGGCUCUGGAACACUUCACAGCCUACUUUCCCCUAAUUAGGAGCAUCUCACAGAGAUAGCCUAACAGGGGAAUGCUGGGAUACAGAGGGGCUGAGUCCUUUCCCACACUGAGAUGAGAGUAUUGCUGUAUUCAAGCCUUUUCAGUUUCCUUUAAAACAAAUACUUGCUCAGUUGUAACCAAUCAGAUCCAGAAAUGUGUUGUAUUAAAUGUUGAAUCCGGGCCCGUAUACAUAAAGUGUCUAGGAGUAGAACAUUUGUUGUAAAUGCUGAGAAUAGAGACAUUUUACUCCUACUCUUAUAGGUCAAAAUAAAAGCUAUGCAUGAAGCCUCUUUAGUCCCACCUAAUCGACAGAUGUUUAGGAGACCUCAUAAGCUGUCCUAACAAGCAGGUGUCUUGAUAAUUGAAAAAUGCAGCGAGUCAAUGGUUCCUGUGCCACAUGCAAUUGCUUUCGAGUUGUUCAAAGAAUGUUUUGAUAUUUAUGUUUUAAUAUGAUCAAUCCAUUAAUAAUCUAGACCUACAUGCAACAGUAUCUCUUGCGCUUUUGACAAUGAUUUCACGUGAGGCCUAUUUCACAUGAUAUGCCUAAAUACUUAUAACCACUAGGCUAAUAAAUAAACACAUUUUUCUUUCUGUUAUUUAAUUACCUACAUCAUGUUAUUUCAAGUUAUCCCUUUGGAGUGCAACAUUAUGUUAUUAGAAAAGUUGCCUACACAUGCCUAUGAAUUGGGCAAUUGAAGGCAUCUAGGGCUUAUGUUAACUUUAAUUGUGUUCAACAUUAUCGGCAAGUGACUUGAUGCCAAAGCAUUUUAGAGUUGUUAAAACUGUAAUAUUUUUUAAAGUUCCUCUAUUAACAACCAUCAGAAUUGGUUAAAAAAAAGUUAUGCAGGGCCUCCCAAGUGGUGCAGCGGUCUAAGGCACUGCAUCGCCGUGCUAGAGGCGUCACUACAGACCUGGGUUCGAUCCCAGGCUGUAUCACAACUGGCCGUGAUCAGGAGUCCCAUAGGGCGGCGCACAGUUGGCCCAGCAUCGUCCGGGUUAGGGGAGGGUUUGGCCGGGGGGGGCUUUACUUGGCUCAUCGCACUCUAGUGACUCCUUGUGGUAGGCCGGGCGCCUGCAGGCUGACCUCAGUCGUCAGUUGGACGGUGUUUCCUCUGACACAUUGGUGCGGCUGGCUUCCGGGUUAAGCAGGCGGGUGUUAAGAAGCGUGAUUUGGCGGGUCAUGUUUCAGAGGAUGCGUGACUCAACCUUUGCCACCCGUUGGGGAGUUGCAGCGAUGAGACAAGAUCGUAAAAGGGGGUGAAAUAAAAAAAGAUAUGGUUAUGCAUGCCAACAUAUUAGGCAAUAAUUAAGAGUAGGCAAAGUGAUCGUGUCAGAUGAAAAUUAUAUCAUUCGUUUUAUCAAUGCAACAUUUGAUUUACAGUCACAUUAACCGUGGUUGUCUGAAGCGUACUAUAGAAAUCACACCUGGCGAUGCCUCAUCGCGAUUGGUUAUUCCCCAUCAUUUGCAACAAUGCCAAUGAGCUUCAUCACUAUCUUUCUUGUGCGGUACCUCAAACUGUCGUGAUUACCAGCUGAGAUAAACUUUUAUGAUGCAUCUUUAAUUUCCUCUGAAGAGUAUCUUAAAUAACUUUCACGCGUUGAGAUGAGAGUAUUGCUGUAUUCAGGCCUUUUCAGUUUCCUUUAAAACAAAUACUUGCUCAGUGGUAACCAAUCAGAUCCAGAAAUGUGUUGUAUUAAAUGUUGAAUCAGGGCCCGUAUACAUAAAGUGUCUAGGGGUAGAACAUUUGUUGUAAAUGCUGAGAAUCCCUGUCUUUUGCUACUAGCACUGAUUUUACUGAUAAAUACCUUGUUGAGGGAAAAUGUACUUGACAUGAAUGUGAUGUGUUGUUGUCUCACCUAGCUAUCUUAAGAUGAAUGCACUAAUUGUAAGUUGCUCUGGAUACGAGCGUCUGCUAAAUGACUAAAAUGUCAAUGUAAAAUGUAUGAGUUGACUUUACUCCUAGAUCAGAGUUUGUCUGGGCAGUGUAACAUCAUCCUAAAACCCACUCUGAGCUGGGAGUUUUUUGUUGUUGUCUUAAAACAGGUUUUAACAGGAUUCCUAGGACCUUUUCUGAGAUGCUUUGUGGAUACGGACCCAGAAGUGUUAUGUUAUGUUGUCGUUGUUGGUGACUGUGAUGUAUUGAAAAUGAAAAUAAAAUGUUUGAAGGAAAAAAAAGUUUAUUGUAAGAUAGCCAAAGCAAAGAACAAGUUCUACUGCAAAUUGCCUCCGAAUGUAGGGUUAUCCAACCUCUUGCCAGAGUGGAAAACACAAGGUCAUAGACAUGGCCUAUAUGUGUUGCCUCAUCCAGGCUGUGUAAUGGGGAGAAUUAACCUGCAUAUGUAUAUGAGACAAAGACCAGUAGGGUAGAUCACAUGUCAUUUGAUCUAAUUAGUGUUAAAGCCUUCUGAUGGCAGCAGGCAGGUCUUAGGCUUAGGGGCAGCCAGCCUGUCCACUGCUGUUUAGCACUAGCACUCCCUGUCUCACAUCUACAUGUACACCCACAGACACAAAGGCAUAUUAUAUUUAACACACACACACACACAUAAACACACAUGCUUGAAUGUACACACAAAGCUGUAUUUGUACAGACAUGCAUAAAUCCACAUUUGAUAUCCUGUGACUGUUGUGACUGGUUGUCUGAUGCAGUGCUGUGUGUCUCUCCUCAGACUCUAAAGGCUUGUCAAACCCAGGCGAGGUGGAGGCUUUGAGAGAGAAGGUCUACGCCUCUCUGGAGGCCUACUGCAAACAGAAAUACCCAGAUCAGCCUGGCAGGUACGGAUACAUGCACCUCCCUCCAUAAACUAAGCUUCCCCUAAUGUAAAUUGAACUAAAUUGGCAAAAUUAUAUAGCCUAAUUAGCCUACUCCUGUCUAUACAGAAAUAAUUAAAAUAAUUCAGACUUCAACAUAUUCAAAAUUCAGCUGCAUGAGUCCUCACACCAGUGUUGUAGUACUCGAGACGGUCUCGGUCCACAUUUUGAAGUCCACAUAUUGAGUGUCACGGUCUUGUCUCAGUGUCGGAUACAUUUGUACUUGGUCUUGACUCGGUCUCGGACAGUGAGGACUUGUAAUUCUUCCUGAGACCAGCGGAGUCAAAAGACUUCAGGCAGCGCAUAAAACCGCUUUGCCAGGCCAAAUAUAUACACUCCUUUCUUAAAACAUUAAUAUCUUAACAGCCUUAUCUAUUAUAGACAUGUUUUUUUAGGGCCAGUGGUGUAGCGGAGGUUAUACGCAGGUAACUGUAGACCCACUUUGUUUUUCAGUGGGCAUUGUGUAUACUCACUUCUUAAUCCCUACUGAUGCGUAUCAAAGUAGUGUAGUGGAGGUAUACGACUUAUCAAUUAUGUAGUACAAUAGAGAAAUCAUGCACAAAGUAGCCUACACAAUCGCAAAGCACGUGAAAUAUAUUCACAUGUGUGCCACACAGCCUAGUUUCAGCGUAAUAUCAUCUGCUGGCAGCAAGAGUGUGCAGCUCUCAACUGGUUUUGGCAUGGAGCAGCUCACAGAAAUGUAACCGCUAACUAAGGCAACAAUGGGUAUGCAAACCAGGUAUUGAAAAGGUUUAGUCCGAAGUGUUGGUUAGUAGGUUAUUUGUGAUGUGCAAUUGUCAUCAUGUGCUGUUUGCAUCAGGGCGUAGACAUGGAUGGGCCUGGGUGGACACAGGCCCAACCACUGGGGAGCCAGGCCUUGACAGGCCUACCUAAUCAGAUUGUCGUGGUUUAAGCAUUGUUGAGGACUUAGACCAUCAAAUGUUCUGAAUCUGAAAAAUCUAUAGGAACACAAAAAAACUUGUAGGAUUUUUCACAUUUUGGGCAAAGUUAGAGUAUACCCACAUCUCCAGGCACCACUACACCACUGCUUAGGGCCGAUGGAAAGACAGCAGUCACAAACAGCAUGAUGUUAAAGGAUAAGCAGUCCAUAAACUCGGACAUAAUAAGCCAGUAGGUCCCAAUCAUAAGAAUACAAAAACACAACCAUUAAGCAGUUCCCAAUCGAAAUGUACAACUAUUACUUCCCAUUGCAAAAAAACAUUUCACGUUUUAACUAGUUUGCAGAUAUGAAACAGACAAUCAUAAUAUCAGUCAAAAAUAUCAAAUUCACGAUCCCAGGAUGUGUCGCAGCUAGCCGCGCCCGGGAGACCCAUGAGGCGGCGCACAAUUGGCCCAGCAUCGUCCAGGUUAGGGGAGGGUUUGGCCGGCUGGGAUGUCCUUGUCCCAUCGCGCUCUAGCGACUCCAAGCUAGCCUACUUCCGCCAGUUAGCUUGGGUGCUUGGUUGGGACAAGCAUGCAUUGGCAGGCAAGCUGCAGAAGGACGAGGAUACAAUUCUCCAUCAUUUUUCAGUGACAUUUUGACACCCGACUAGCUGAGAAAGUUUGAGAGGGUUUAUCUAAUGUUCCUUUGUUAGAUUUUAGGUCAUCUUGCUCUGGCUAGCAUUAGUUGUUGAUCUUGUUUUUUCCCCCCCACUAUUCUGAAUGUCUAAAGAAUCCAUAUGUUGUUCUGAAAUAUGAACACAGAAAUUCUGGACAUUUUGAACUCUUAUUAUGGUGGUGAUUUGACAAAAUUACAAUCAUGGUCUUAAAUUGGACUCGUAUUUUUCUGGAGAGCAUCGGCCAUCCGGUGAAUGAGAAUAUUCACUCUUUAUCAUUGUUGGGUCAGUGACACUUGAAUGUUUGUUUUUGGGCAAUAAUUUCCUCCUCCAGGUUAGAUGCACGUCAUAUGGUAGGCUAUUUGUGUCUCCCCUUCUCGUAGGCCUAUUAUAUCAAUCAGACAACUUCGUUUUUUUUAUUGAUCUGUUUGUCCGUGUCAGCAGAGCAGGCUACCCUGUAAUUUUUGUCGUAUUAACCCUUUAACCCUAUUCUCAGCCGACUGGUAGAGCGCAUGUUUUAGAAGUGGAUAUAAAAAUAAUCUUUACUUGAACUUGAUUGGUCAACUCCCCCAGCCCUGCCACAAUUAACAUAAUGUGUAUCAUUUUGGGUUGCUGCAGUUGUGGCACUGUGUUGUGGCACUCUUUGCCCACUCAGAGGGCUGUAAGAAAACUUAAAAUCAGUCACCAAAGAUAUGGAAUUAAAGGCAGGAAUUUAGUUGAUGAGGGAUGAAUAUUGCACCAUUCCUGUUAGUAAAGACAUUUAAGAGUAGGAAUAUGAAGAUAAAUACUUAAAAUGCAAAAAGGCUAAAAAGCAAUAAUUUUUUAAAUAAUUUGCUCAACCAGGCAGUUGAUAUGUCAGAAAAGAGUAUGUUGGACAAAAAAUAGGGUCAAUUCAUUUUUUAUGAAAAAUACUUAUUUUGGUGAAAAAUAUAAUUGAAUUGUUGACAACUCACUAUAUUAGGCAACAUAAAUUGGUUAAACCACAUUUCAUGUCCCAUGGGGUCAAUUAAUCAAUUGUUGUUGACUUAAGUUUACCUAUAAAAUAAUGCUUAUAAUAGUAACAUUGCACUAUACACCAAUUCAUGUUUGGACAUACAAAAUUACCAUAAUUGGUUACAAUUUGACAUCAGUCCUCAUUUAACAGUGCGUACCUACCUAUAAAAGCCAUUAUAGAAGACCUAAAGUCAUUUUUGUAAUAUUGUUGAGAUUAGUAAAAAUGCUAUGCAAAUUGCCAUUCUAAUAUGGCAUUGCUGGUAUGACACUCUUUUGUCUUCUCAGUCGCCUGGCAGAGCUGUUAUUUCCAAAUGAAACAUCAAGUUGUAAAAAAUAGUUCAAAAUUGAGUUGUUAGUAAUAUGAAUUUAAGGUGUAAUCAUGUUUUUCAAGAAGAGACAGCUAAAGGGUAAAAAAAUAUUCUGCUAAUAUCUCGUCAAAGGCCCAAUUUUUCCCAUGCAUAGUAAGGAGAAGAAAUGUAUAUUUUAUAGCCUAUACAGUGUCUUGCAAAAGUAUUCAUCCCCCUUGGCGUUUUUCCUAUUUUGCUACAUUACGACCUGUAAUUUAAAUGGAUUUUUAUUUGGAUUUCAUGUAAUGGACAUACACAAAAUAGGCCAAAUUGGUGAAGUGAAAUGAGAAGAAUAGCUUGUUUCAAAAAAUGCUAAAAAAAUAAAUAAUGGAAAAGUGGUGUGUGCAUAUGUAUUCACCCCCUUUGCUAUGAAGCCCCUAAAUAAGAUCUGGUGCAACCAAUUACCUUCAGAAGUCACAUAAUUAGUUAAAUAAAGUCCACCUGUGUGCAAUCUAAGUGUCACAUGAUCUGUCACAUGAUCUCAAUAUCUAUACACCUGUUCUGAAAGGCCCCAGAGUCUGCAACACCACUAAGCAAGGGGCACCACCAAGCAAGCAACACCAUGAAGACCAAGGAGCUCUCCAAACAGGUCAGGGACAAAGUUGUGGAGAAGUACAGAUCAGGGUUGGGUUAUAAAAAAAUAUCAGAAACUUUGAACAUCCAAUGGAGCACCAUUAAAUCCAUUAUUUAAAAAAAUUGAAAGAAUAUUGCACCACAACAAACCUGCCAAGAGAGGGCCGCCCACCAAAACUCACGGACCAGGAAAGGAGGGCAUUAAUCAGAGAGGCAACAAAGAGACCAAAGAUAACCUUGAAGGAGCUGCAAAGCUCCACAGCAGAGAUUGGCUUAUUUGUCCAUAGGACCACUUUAAGCCGUACACUCCACUGAGCUGGGCUUUACGGAAGAGUGGCCAGAAAAAAGCCAUUGCUUAAAGAAAAAAAAAGAAAAAUGGGUGUUUGCCAAACGGCAUGUGGGAGACUCCCCAAACAUAUGGAAGAAGGUACUCUGGUCAGAUUAGACUAAACUUGAGCUUUUUGGCCAUCAAGGAAAACGCUAUGUCUGGCGCAAGCCCAACACCUCUCAUCACCCCGAGAACACCAUCCCCACAGUGAAGCAUGGUGGUGGCAGCAUCAUGCUGUGGGGAUGUUUUUCAUCAGCAGGGACUGGGAAACUGGUCAGAAUUGAAGGAAUGAUGGAUGGCGCUAAAUACGGGGACAUUCUUGAGGGAAACCUGUUUCAGUCUUCCAGAGAUUUGAGACUGGGAUGGAGGUUCACCUUCCAGCAAGACAAUGACCCUAAGCAAUAGUUAUGCACGCUCAAGUUUUCUGUUUAAAAAAAAAUCAUAUUUCUUGUUUUUUUCACCCCAAAAAAUAUUUUGCAUCUUCAAAGUGGUAGGCAUGUUGUGUAAAUCAAAUGAUACAAACCCCCCAAAAAUCCAUUUUAAUUCCAGGUUGUAAGGCAACAAAAUAGGAAAAAUGCCAAGGGGGGUGAAUACUUUGGCAAGCCACUGUACUAGCCUAGGCUACUCUACGCCACUACGCGCUCAGCCAGGCAUUGAACAGUCUUUUUUGCGAACAGUGAUUAACUUAUAUUAUUAAAUAGCUUAAAUUAUGAGUAUCCAAUCUACUCAUCACAUUAGGAAUAACGUUAGUAGGCUAUCUUACAUAAGUCUGCAAACUCGAUGAUGCAUGGAAUGCUUUAUUUUAAACGUGCAUUUUUAUGGUGAAAAUUCGCUUCGACAAACUUCAAACCACCUAUGCCUCUUUCUUUCUUUCUUUCUUUCUUUCUUUCUUUCUUUCUUUCUUUCUUUCUUUCUUUCUUUCUUUCUUUCUUUCUUUCUUUCUUUCUUUCUUUCUUUCUUUCUUUCUUUCUUUCUUUCUUUCUUUCUCUCUCUCUCUCUACUCCUCUGUCAGUGUGUCCGGCAGCAAGUGCACUGUCUGCUUUAUGUAUUGUAUGUGUAGGCGACAGUAUGUGACAGAUGUUCUAAUUAUGUCAUGGGCAACCCAUCCAUGAAUCACUGUACAUCGGCAUAUGAGAAAACAUCUUGUCUACAUCCACCUCUUAUUUUCUGUCACAUUAAUCACAGUUAUUUUGUGUCUUUGAUUGGGUAAGGUUUGCCAAGCUGUUGCUGCGGUUACCAGCCCUGCGCUCCAUUGGUCUGAAGUGUCUGGAGCACCUGUUCUUUUUCAAGCUCAUCGGGGACACGCCCAUCGACACCUUCCUCAUGGAGAUGCUAGAGGCGCCCCACCAAAUUACAUAA